AUGACGUCAAUUUACUUAAACUCAUCUCUGAACCCCUUUCUUUACUGCUGGAAAAUCGGGGAGGCGAAACAAGCUGUAAAGGACACAAUUAGACAGUUAAACUGCCGUUGUGAGCCAAAGUAAACCCAGGUGUUGUACAAAACAAUGCAAAACUCUGUGGGAUGGACAGCUGGACUCAUGACUUUUUAGUCUACAAGUUUUAUAUUCAGGCCAUUGAAACGCCACGAGAAAGAAUCUCUCUAUCAAGGUGGCGGUUGUUAUUCCACUAGUCUACAAAGAGUGGCUUACAGUUGGGCGACAACAUCCUCCCAAUUAAUCAUUUUGAUGUUAAAGGAAUAUUUUCCGUCACUGCAGAGUGGCAGUAAACCACAGCCUCAAACUUUAAUUCAACCAUUUCUUGCUGAAGCAUUAAUAACUUGCCUUGAUCAUUUCAAGAUGUUACUAGGAUUGUAGGAGAGAAUUUGAGAGAUUCUGAAGAAAAUUAGAAUAGGAACAAUUUUACAAAACUGAUAAAUAUAAAGGGUGUUUUUACUGUAUUUGAUAGUCAAAUUGCAAAAUAUUUACCCACGACAUAUUUACACAACAAAGGAACCAAUUAAAUUGCAAAAUACUUCAUUCCUCAGCUGGUAGAAACAGGAUCUUUUAAAAUGAAUGCUCUAUGGCCAUUUAUUUUGGACAUAAGAAAUAUGACUGCCCAUAUCACAAAGUGAAAGAGAAUUUUCAUCAUCAUCAGAGCAGGCCGAAACCAAACUAUUCAAGGCUUUAGGGGAAUUCAAGAUAAUUUGUAUGGUCGUAAGUAAUUGUGCUUAGCCCAUAACGUCACCCACCUGCGCCUUACAAAUCGACCUACUCACGACAUAUUUACACAACAAAGGAAUCGGUCAACACGAUUAAACAUUUUGAAGUCUCACAGCUAAUAACACCAAAGCAAAACUGACCAAUCAGUUUACACAAAACUAGUUUUGUAGACAUCGACUGACGAAAACUCUUCACUUUCCGUUACGUGUAGUUCUCGAAACAUCACUGAGCCACUAUCACCAACAACAGUUCUUCUCAGAACUACUCUCACCCGAACUAUCACAGUACACCAUCAAAAUCAGUCAAACAGGAACAGUUUACAGUAGCCAACAUUUGCCUUUCUGAGAACAAACUCUCUGUUGCCGAGUUUGAGAAAAAUGCUGAACACCACUGAUGAACAUACAAACUCCUCAUUUGAAGUCAGGUAUCCGGCGUCACUUGUGGGGAUGUCUGCAGCAUUUGCAGCCUUGAACACUUUAUUCUCCAUCACCGCAAUACUGGGCAAUAUUCUCAUCCUAAUUGCUCUUAACAAAGUGACUUCGAUUUGUCCUCCAACGAAACUUUUGUUUCGAUGUCUGGCGGUCACCGAUCUUUGUGUUGGACUAGUAACACAACCGCUGUUUACAGUGAAGCUUCUUGCCAGCUUAAACGAUGAUGAAUAUUCUUAUGUUGCUUCAAUAGAGGUGAUCUCAUCUCAAGUUCUUUGUGGUGUCUCCCUCUUGACCUCAACUGCAAUAAGUGUGGACAGACUUCUUGCGUUGUCGUUGGGUCUGAGGUAUAGAUACCUUGUUACAUUAAGGCGGGUGCGAGCGCUUAUUAUCUCCUUUUGGUUCCUAAUUAGUGCUUCGGUUGGGUGUGUCUUCAUUUCAGGAAUGAACCUUUUUGUAAAUGCUGUUGUGAUGCUUAUUUUUCUUCUUAUCUCGGCCAUCUCUUACGCUAAUGUCCAUUUCCGUCUCCGUCACCAACUGCUUCAUGUACAAGGCCACGUUCACCAACGACAACAUCUUCCUCCCAAUGGCGUUGUACCGUCUGCAUUGAAUGUAGCGCGAUACAAGAAAACGGUUUCCUUCAUAGCAUGGGUACAGCUUGGAUUAUUUGCUUGCUACUCUCCUCUUUGUAUUACUAUAGUUUCAUCCCAUUUUGUAGAGUUUUCAGGCGAUAAUAUAAUUGACUUUUUCGUUUGUUUACUAUUCUUAAACUCAUCUCUAAACCCUAUUCUUUACUGCUGGAAAAUCAGGGAGGUGAAACAGGCAGUAAAGGACAUAAUUAGACAGUUAAACUGUUGCUGUGAGCUAAAUUGAACCUUUGUGUAGUAAAAAACAAUAUAAAACUCUGUGGAAAGAAAAAAACGGCUGGACCUAAAUACAAGUUUUAUUCUGACUACGGAAUUGCCACGUGAUCAAGAGAGGAUCUCUGUAUCAAGGUGACAGUUGUUAUUCCCCUGGUCUACAAAGAGUGGCUCUAUACGUUGGGUGACAACAUCCUCCUAAACGAUCAUUUUGAUGUUGUGUGAAGGAAUAUUUGCUGCCACCAUAGGGUGCGACUGAGCCACAGGCUCUCCUACAAUCGGCGGGACCAAAACAGCUAAAACGGAACCUACACCAACCUGUUUUCUAGUUCAAACAGGUAUAAAGAUACUGAACACCGCUGAACUCUUUUGUUCACCGGCUACUAAACAAAGCUGCAAAGCCAACGAGUUUGGGAAAGGAGAACCAGUUGUGGUCUACGACAUGACACUCUAAUCAUAUUUCGUCUUUCCUCUCAGAACAAUUGAAAACUCACCUACAUCCAACUGGAAACGUCUUAGAGUACAUUGAUACCAGGCAGUUCAAACCUUAUUCACAUAUAAAUAUAGCUCGAUAGCGCUGAAGCAAUUUGGCAGUGAAGGAAGAACAUUCCAUGACCUAUAAAUUAUGUAUACAAAAAAAGCCUACGUGCACUCCCUCGGACCCUUUUAAAUGGAAAGUAAAUGAAAAUUAGGCUGUUUAUUAUAGAUAUUUUUGUUUGACAUGUCUCUUUUUUUCUCUUUCGCUUGUGACGAUCUGGAGGAUUUCUUCCGUUUGACAAAAAUAUUCAAACUUGAAGCAUGUGACAUAAAAAUAAUGUUUAGCGAACGUUUAUGUAAACUCAAUAAAAGAAUAAAUUUAACAAAUAAUGACACUUCAUCAGCGAUUUUUUCCGUUUUUCUUUGCUGAAACUUUCCUAACUUCCCUUCUUCAUCGUAAGAUGUUUCUAGGAGAAAAAGAAACGGCGAUCCAUUAUUGAUGCCCAUUAAAUUCACCACCGAUCUGUUCGUCUCAUCAAUUAGAAGCUGCACGCAGCUUGAACAAGAAAUGAUUGACACAUGUCUAGGCAAAUCGAGCUUGUAUCACAUGAUAACAUCUCUCAUAAAGAAAAAGCCAUGCUGAAAGUUUCAAAUUAAUGGCCUAAAAGAGAAAAAGUUCUUUGUUCGCGUUUUGUCCUUUCUUGAUCGUAAAUGCAUGUAUUUACUUUACGGUCAAUACACUGAAAUACCUUUACGUCAGGGUAACCUUUAGAUAUAGAGAAUUAGAGAUGGAAUAAAUUUAACAAAAACUGAUACUGAGAUGUGGCCGAUGUUUUCACCAGAUUUGAAUGUCAAAUUGCAAAAUGAUCCAUCCCUCAGCUGGUAGAAACAGGAUCCUUUACAAUAAAUGCACUUUUCAUUUAUUGCGGUCAUAAGAAAUAUAACUGCCAUAUAACUUAAAAGAAUAAUUGCAUCCUCAUCUAAUAAGGCUAACACCAAACUACUCAACAGAAUUCUAGAACUAACUUAAGUGUUUACAAAAAAUUAAAAGUCAAAUUGCAUGAACAUAAUCUGUUGAUCUCUUCUGUCACUAAUUGCGGCCUGUUUCACAAACCCUCCACCAUUGUAAGGCGGUGUUUACCUGGAAACGGUUCUCUGUCAUAGGUGUUUGCCUGCGCUACAUUCUUUAAUGUUUCUUGUAUUUAUACUAAUUUUGAUGGACGGGCUGCCGACUUCGCUCAGUGUUGUUUUUAAGAUAUUUGUCCAUUUAGACUACCAUUUGGUGCACUGAACGAUAUUGACGGAUGACAUAGCUUUAUAAAAGGGCGCGCUCUGAUUGGUUAAUACACUUCAUCGAUUUGCCUGUGGGCUGCACGCUGACGUCAGUUUGUUUUCCUUUUUUUCCACACGAAACGAAAGAUGUUGAAAGUCUCAAUGUUAUAAAAGAAACGGUAAGCGUGCAGCGUGCAACUAUGGUCAUGAUUCAUAUUAACAAGGAGCUGUACACGUCACUAGGAGGCUCCAUGGGGAUUUUUUGACCGCGCGAGAUCCGGGUACAAACAUAGUAGUCAACAUGCAAACAUGGUGGCUCGAUACGAUACCACGAUUGUUAUCUGGAAAGGUGUAUUAAAAACAAUAUAAUACAAUAAAGUCUUUAUGCGAUGGAAUCUAGGGUUUCCAACAAAAGCACCCGUAAUAUUGUUAGGCCUUCUCAACUGAAAAGAGAUCAAUGGAAAGGAAAGAUUGCCAGAGGGCGACAGACUCAAAAGUCUACGCAUGCUCAGAUACUGAUCUUAGCGAAGUUCUAUACCACUACGUACUACUUUGGACAAAGAAAACAGGGAUCUUUGGAAUAAGAUUUAUCAAGUUUCUUUGGGUGGAAUUUCCUAACAUUUGCUGGACUGUUAAACAUAUUUGUGGCCUUCCUAGUGCCUGUUGAUAAGAAAAAUCAUAAGACCAAAUUUGAGAUAGAGAAAGAAAACACAAAAUUGCAAAUAGGGAGGAAACUACUUUUGUGAUCUCUAUUUCUCUAUUUUCUACGGAUUUAGAUGAUCAGCAGGACAAUCCUUACAAAACUGUGACAAUUUUAAGAGAUCUCACCAAAGCAAAUCGAAGAAAAUCAAAGGCAAAGCCAAAUUAUAGCUGGCGAGCGCCUCCCUUCGUGGAGCCUUAGCUUAAAAACGAAAAUCAUUUUGAUAAUAUUUACUCCAGUAAACGAUAGUCCGAACCUGACUCAUUGCCUUCUGAUGGCUUUUAGUGACCUUGAAAAGCGAAAACAUAAAAGUUUUCUAGAAAAACAUAACGCUGGCGCGCGCGCCAACAUUGAGUGAAAACCCUAUAAAGCCUUCUUAAACUUCCUUGAAGAAGUGUUGCUCUGAAAGUGUGUAAGAAGAUCGUUAAAGUUUUUUUUCGCCAUUUUCGAUAUAAAUUUUUUUUAUAAAUAAUUGCUUGCACUGAUAAGCACUGCUUGUAAUAAACACAUUAAUUUGAAUUUAAAAGAAAUAAAACGAAGCCGGCGUCAGUUUUAUUUUCCAAAUGUUCACUGGGUGGAGAAGUUUCAUCAAUUGAACUUACUAAUGGGGUCGCAUUACUCGCCAAAAAAAAAUUGUUUGUUAUUUUAAAAAUAAACUCAGCAACCAUUAAUAAUUUAGACUAAUAGCAGAUGUUUUGUAGAGCUAUUUGCAAUUACGCUCAGCCCAUAAGAGCACCCACAGGCGCCAUACAAAUUGACUCAUUUACGACAUUUGCACAACAAAGAAUCCGAUCAACACGACCAAACUUUACCGAUGGAUUACAGCUAACCAAUCACUAAACACUUACGCUACUUGAGUUUUAGCUUCUUCUCGUGAUGGUUUAAAGAUACUUGUCCAUUUGGUCUAACAUUUAACGCGCUGAAUGAUAUCGAAUUUCAAUAUAGCCUUUACUAAGUAAAUUGACGGGAAGGGAAGGGAAUGAGGUAGUAUGCGUGUAUUGUGGCUUUCUAAGUCAUGGCUUGCAUUGUUAAUAAGAAGCUGUUACAUCGAAGCCUAAGGGCGUUAUAGAUGUAGACUUGUAAACGCUGUUUCAAAUAAGGCUUCUAUGAAAAAAAAAUGGAAUGUCUAAGUGAAAGUGUUAAAAGAAUGAUAAAUAGCGUUUUUUUCCAUUUUCUUUGUAAAAUUGCUUUUGAAUAACUGCUUUUACUUAAUUUAUUAGCACUGCUUAUCAAGAAAAAGUAAUUUCUAUUGACUACAGAAAUAAAACGAAGCGUGUGUCAGUUUUAUUUUCGAAAGGUUCGCCGGGUGCGGAAGUUUCAUCAAUUGUCUCAACUCAUAGAGUCGCUUUGCUUAAAAAAAAAUCAAUCAAUUUUUUUACUUCGAUAACAUACUCAAGUAACCAUUCAUUCCAAAUUUCAAUUACUCGAGCAAACUGACCAUAAUGUGAAUGUGCAGCAGAUAACUUGUAUGAUCGUUUGUUAUUGUGCUUCGUUCAAAAGGUCACCUACCGGCGCCAUAUAGAUCGGAUUAUUUACAACAUUUACGCUAAAAAAAACGGACCCAUUAACGCGACCAAACAUUAUCGACGGAUCUAUACCAAGCAAUCACGACUGACCUACGCCAGUAACAGCCGAUAACAUCAGCUGGACUUUUAAAACAAGUUAUCUCCGGACUACUGAAUCGCCACAAGAGGUGGUAGUUGUCAUUUAUCAAAGAAUUGGUCUGUGCUUAGCAUGGUGCAUUCGAAGAACUACUGUUACUUGAUAAACACUGCUUAUCAAGAAAAAGUAAUUGGAAUUGACAAGAAGUAAAAUGAAGCGUGCGUCAAUUUUAUUUUCUAAAUGUUUACCAUCAGUUUGAGAUGUUUCAUCAGUUAAAACGACUGAGGGAGUCGCUAUACUUCGAAAAAUUAAUUAAUUAAUCUCAAUGAUAAGUUCACCGACCAUCAGAAGUCAGGAUGAGGUGCAAAUCAAAACCAAUCGCAAUUUAUUUUACCUUUGCUCUGAUUGGCCGUUGUUGUGACACUUAGUAAAUCCUUUAACUCUCAAGAUCUGAUUGUUAAUUCUCUCCUUUAGCUGUUACACGUCUCCUUGUGAAUCAGUUGUGAGAAUUUGUAGUAGAUCAAGAUAACAACUUCUACCUGAUAAGUUGGAGUUUUCUCAAUGCCUGUUUGCAGGAUAUUGCAUGAAUACUAUGGGGAGAAGUUACAUGUCAAUCACUUCUGGGAGUGAAAGGGUUAAAAAAAAAGUUGUAAAGCGCUCACUUGGCUUUCGCUUAUCAAAUGUGGACCGUGUGUCAAGGGAUUCAUUGAACGUGUUGGAUGUAAAGUGUGGCCUCGCUCCCUCAGGGAGAUCGGUAAACUCGAUCAGACGCAGAUUGUUUUCUACAGACAUAACGAGAAAAAAAAACAGUCAAAUGAUCAAACAAUUUUGUCGUACAUAAUAAAUAAAAAGCUAAUUACCUAAUCGCAGAAGAAAGCGAAGAGGAAACGAUUGGGAUCGAGGGCAUAACGUGGAAGGAAGUGCAUUCCUGUUAGUGGUGAUUGGAUCACGUGGCCACUAACAACACCUGAGCAGAUUAAAAAUAUAUAGUUAAUUAUCUCCUAACAUGACAUUUAAGAUCAUAACUCAGAAUUUUAUUUCUGCGGAAUUUCGUUGAAACGAAGCACGUUUAGUCGGAAUUCCACCUUGUGCCAGCAUAUAUUGGGAAAUAUCCCUCGUCCAACUUGGUGUUUAUUAGGUGAGAGCUAAGGGACCGGCAAAAAGGUACUAUGGAAAUAAUUUGAUGGCAGCUUACAGAUCUCGUAUAAAAUUUUCAAGGUAGACAAUUUGGGUGAUCAGUGUAUCACAUAAAAAGGACUUUGGCAUAAAGCAGCUUUGGACCGAUGCGUGAUAUUUUACUAUACACAUUGCGCUCCGAUGUAACGCUCAUUGGAUGAGUCGAUUUACGGAAUAAGUAAUUUUCAAUAAAGAAGAGUGUUCUAUAUAUGUUCCAGGUAUUCACCAAUUGGUGUUUGCAGUUUGAUUGCCGCACGAGUGGCAAGAAUGGUGACAUCUUGGGAUCAAUGCAGAAAAUUGGCAUGUUUAUUGUCACAGACACUAUUGGCUCAUUUAUCCACACCUUGGUUUUUCUAUCGAUCCUUUACUUCGCUUUUACGAGGAAGAAUCCAUAUGCCUUUUAAAGGCCUGAGAGACACACUAAUGACAGCACUUAGUAUUGCUUUCAGGUAAAUGUUAAGCAACCAGAGAUAAGGAUAAUAUGGGAGCUGGUACGUUUAGAGUAAGAGGAACUGAUCUCCCUGUCAUCGACGAAGGUAUACCUUAAUUGCUUGAAUACAAGGCGCCCUUUGGAGAAAAAAAAUAAUGGUUCUUCAUUUCAAUGAUAAAAUUCUCCGGUAAAAUGAGACACUUCUGCAGGUCUGGGUAAACAAUACUUGGACAGACACAUACCGUGAUCUUAAUUUAUGCGAGGGAUAGGACCCUGAGAAACAGGAGCUGAGGUGUGUCAAUCUUUCAUGCAAAAUUCCUUAUUUAACUGGGAAAGAUGGUCCUGAAGUUGACGGCUGCAGUAUAAGGUAUUGCAGUGGAGGGUAUUGCAGUACAGGAUAUCGCAAUGAAAGGUACUGAAGUGGGGUUUUUUGCGGUGUUGGUAAAAUUUUCCCGUGGAAAUUUCCAUACUUACAUCUUACUCAUGUCAGGUUGUUCGAUUCUUAACGUACAUCAAUUUUAAUAAAUUUAAUUUAAUUUUCAUAAAUGAUGUAAGGAUUAAAGUUGUUCAGAAAAAUUAUAUCAGGGAAAUCAGUCGAUAUUACGAGGGGCUAACGCUCGAAACGUCAGCUUUGAAACUCUUUAAGGUGACCAAUUUACGUCUCAGUUGAUAAUACUAACUUACUUUGUUAGUCUCUACCGACGCAGCACCACCGUUUCUUUAGAAACUUACUCCCUUUAUUCAGAAAAAUCCUAGUUCGUAGAAAUGAGGUGAAUAAUUGAUAUCUGAAAGACGGUUACGGUGAGACCUAAAACGGAAGAAAAGCCUUCUUUUUAGUUCUCUUGUAGAUGGUGAUAAGCCCAAAAUCGAUGAAGGACAGAAGAAAAGUAGGUUUCCAGGUUAAACCAAUUGAUCUGUCACGGCGACAAUGUCCCCGUCAAAACUUGAGGUGUCCUCGGUUUAUAAUAUCAGGUUGCCUGAAUAAGACAGAACAGCUGAUUGUGUUGGUAAAAAUAAAAUUUAAAAAAAUUGGAAGAUGAAAAAUGAUGAAACAAUGACUAUCCGACCUUCCUUCUCCAUUUAGAAAUUGUUUUAUCUGCAAUACUUAGCAGCUUAUCCCAGCUUUUACUGUAAAUUUUCCUAACUCACUGUUUUAACUCGCUGUUACUUUCAUGCACGGAUUCACCCAAAGGUAAGCUCUUUGAACCUUCUUUUUUUGAAAAUUUUUGCUGUUAUUUUAAUCAAUAGUUCACACUAAUAUUCUUUUUAUACUGAUCUGCAAAUAAUAAACAUCCUCUAUAUAUGCAAGAAGUUUAUGUCAUGUAUUGAACAACCUGAUAACACUUGAUUAAAGGGCCGAUUCAUUAAACAUUCAUAUCCAAGAUGAAAAGGAUGAAUAAGAAGACACAUGUAAUUGAGCUGAACAAAUUCAAGCUGUCUUUUUUUUAUUUUCUUAUAGUGUAAAUAGAAAUAUCGCCAAGAAAUAGUUUGACGUAAUACUUCCAUAAUAAUAGGACGGCAAUCUAAUAAUUUGAGGAUCCAUCUGUCUUUUAUGUUUCUUAUAUCGGCCAGGGAUUUUGAAUCCUUAAAAGAUGAAGUUGUAUCAAGCCAUAGAUAUUCUUUGGCAAAAUCUGUGAUACCUGAGUGUGCAUUGUUUAGUUUUAAAAGUGGGGAGCGAACAUGUCUAUAAAGAACUUUGUUAUAAAGUCUCGAGCCUAUUUGACUGUUGUAAGGAACUUAAGGGAAGGCAUUGUAAAACAAAAUUCAUGGAAAACUGUGGUUAACAUUGAAAACACCGACAAAAAUUUCACCAAAAAAUUGUUAUAGCAUCUAUUCAUCAAAGAAUUUGCUGCUUAGAACGUAAUGAAGAGAUUUCGUCUUGGGCCAACCCAGAAGAGCCCUCUUAAGACAUAUGCACCUAGAUAGCUGAUAAGGUUUGGUUUCUAUGAUCUUCCUCGCUAUUAUUCACUUUGUAAAAAUUUCGAUGUACUCAUGCAAGGAGAUGAGCUGGUGCAGCUACUAAGACCCUUGCUUCCAUAACAAAACUCACGGCAAUCGAAGUGAAACUUGGAAGGUCGUGUACUGUUCGUUGCGCAUCGGCUAGCAAGUUGAAAUGUCUUAUAUCGGGAGCAUAACAAACUCGUCCCACUACCAGGGCCAUCUCGGUUACCCAUUUUAUUUUAAAAAACGCCCAUCUUGGGAACUUGCGCCAAUACAUCGACAGACUAAUGAUAGUGUAUGUAUAUAUAUUAUAAAUACGAUUUGUGGUGAUGUCAGUCAUGAUCUGAGAACUUCAGCUUCGAGUUCCUCGAAGUGCUUUUGGAUUUGAGAUAGAAUUCUUUUUGCUGUUUCUAAGUCUUCCUGGAUGGCUUCGCUUCUUCUUAGCUUCCAUUCCUUCAAUGGCUCUACUGGGAGACAAGAGAAGUGAUAGGGCCCAGAAUCAUGUCUGUCAUCGAGAAAACAAAGUUCACGAUAGAGUAUUUUAUCGCAACGACAAUCUAGACGAAUUAAAGUUUGCUUUGCUCUCUUUUAUUUGCUGUGGUGUGCACUGGAAGAGUCAGCAGCCAACAGGAUACGGCUUUCAAGAAUUUUUGCAGAAGUAUUCAAAAGAAAAAUGACGACUUUACCCAGGUGACAAGUAUUGAUAGAAAAAAAGAGUGUGUUAACUGCUGUAGAGCGAUAUAUGGUUGAGUCGAUUCGAUUAGCUCAUUUAGCUGGUUCCUGUAGCUUGACGCAACACUCAAAUUUUAAAAUAGUUUCACAGUGACCAUUAUAUGAAUCAGUGUGAAUAUGAAAGCAAUCUUCGCAGUUUUGAACACCACUCCGGUGGUACUGAAAAUGAGGCCUAAAAAAAAUUCAUACCUGUACGGAUCUGAAAGCAACUCUAGCUUCUUCCAGUAAUGGUUUUAAGAUAUCUAUCCGUUUGGCCUAAAAAUUUAGUGUGCUGAAUGAUAUCGAAUUUCAGUAUAGUCUUUACUGAGUAAAUUGACGGGAAGGGAAGGGAAUGAGGUAGCAUACAUGCAUUUUGUAGCUUUCUAAGUCAUGGCUUGCAUUGUUAACAAGAAGAUGUAGAUAUCGAAGCCUAAAGGAUUAAUAGAUAUAGACUUAUAAACGCUGUUUCAAAUAAAGCUUCCAUGAAAAAGAAAAAAACCUUCAUGUCUAGCUGAAAGUGUGAAAAGAAUGAGAAAUAGGGUUUUUGCCAUUUUUACCUAUGUUUUUGCCUAUAAAAUUGCUUUUGAAUAAUUGCUUUUACUUAAUUUAUUAGCACUGCUUAUCAAGAAGAAGUAGUUUCUAUUGACUAUAGAAAUGAAAGUGUAGGUCAGUUUUAUUUUCCAAUAUACAAACAGUUGUCAUUACUCUAGUCAACAAAGAGUGGCUUAUCUUAAGGUGACAACAUCCUCGCCAUUGAUCAUUUUGAUGUUGUUGAAGGAAUAUCUGAUGUCACUAUGGAGUGGUGAUGAACCACAGGCUUAGCGUUAAAAUCAGCUAUUUCUUUAAGUUGCUUUGUUCAUUUCAAGAUGUUACUAGGAUUGUAGGAGAGAAUGAGAGAGAUUCUGUAAAAAAUUAGAAUAGGAACAAAUAUAACAAAACUGAUUAAUAUAAACUGUAUUUAAAAGUCAAAUUAUUGAUGCCCAUUAAAUUCAUCCGAUCUUUUCGUCUCAUCAAUUAGAGGCUUCACGCAGCUUGAAAAAGAAAUGAAUGACACAUAUCUAAGCAGAUCGAGCUUGUAUCACAUUGUAAUAUCUCUCAUAAAGAAAAAGUCACACUGAAAAUUUCAAACUAAUGGUAAAAAAGAUAAACAUUUCUUAGUUCGCGUUUUGUCCUUUCUUGAUCGUAAAUACAUAUAUUUAAUUUACGGUAAAUACACUGAAAUACCUUUACAUCAUGUAACCUCUAGAUAUAGAGAAUUAGAGAAGGAAUAAAUUUAACAAAAACGAUAGAUUUAGCUGAUGUUUUUACCAGACUUGAAUGUCAAAUUGCAAAAUGAUCCAUCCCUCAGCUGGUAAAAACAGGAUCCUUUAAAAUGAAUGUACCAUCCAUUUAUUGCGGUCAUAAGAAACAUGACUGCCAUAUGACUUAAAAGAUUAAUUGCAUGAUUAUCCGAUGAGGCUAACACCAAACUAAUCAACAGAAUUCCAAAUUAAACUAACUGUUUACAAAAAAUUCAAAGUCAAAUUGCAUGAACGUAAUCUUUUGAUCUCUUCUGUGACUAGUAGCGGUCUGUUGCACAAACCCUCCAACAAUGUAAAAGGGUGUUUACUUGGAAAAGGCUCUCUGUCUUAUCAAUCAAAUAGAAAUGAAGGCAAAGUUAAAACUAACUAUUGCCUUGAUAGAGAGCGUUUACAUGUUUAACGUGUAUUUAUACUAAUUUUGAUAUACACUUCGCUAAUACUAAUUUUGAUAUAUAUUGCGCCCAGUGUUGUUUUUAAGAUAUUUGUCCAUUUAGACUACCACUUAUAGUGCACUGAAUGGAUAUUGACUAAUGACAUAGCCUUACUAAAGCGCGCGCUCUGAUUGGCUGAGACCCUUGAACAAAGGAACCGAUUAAAUUGCAAAAUAUUUUAUCCCUCAGCUGGCAGAAACAGGAUCUUUUAAAAUGAAUGCUCCGUAGCUAUUUAUUUUGGACAUAAGGAAUAUGACUGCCCGUAUCACCUGAAAGAGAAUUUUCGUCAUCAUCGCAGCAGGCCAGAUCAUUUGUAUGGUCGUAUGUAAUUGUGCUUAGUCCAUAAGCCCAUAACGUCACCUACCUGCGCCAUACAAAUCGACCUACUCACGACAUAUUUACACAACAAAGGAACCGAUCAACACGUCUCACAGCUAAUAACACAAGAGGAAUCUGACCAAUCAGUUUACACAGAAUUAGUUUUGUAGAAGUCGACUUACGAAGACUCUUCACUUUCCGUUUGUGCAGUUCUUGAAACAUCAGUGAGCCACUAUUACCAACCCGAACGAUCACAGUACACCAUCAAAACCAGUCAAACAGGAACAGUUUACAGUAGCAAACAUUUGCCUUUCUGAGAACAAACUCUCUGUUGCCGGCUUUGAGAAAAAUGCUGAACACCACUGAUGAACAUACAAACUCCUCAUUUGAAGUCAGGUAUCCGGCGUCACUUGUGGGGAUGUCUGCAGCAUUUGCAGCCUUGAACACUUUUUCCUCCAUCACCGCGACACUUGGCAAUGUUCUCAUCCUAAUUGCUCUUAACAAAGUGACUUCGACUUGUCCUCCAACGAAACUUUUGUUUCGAUGUUUGGCGGUCACCGAUCUUUGUGUUGGACUAGUAACACAACCGCUGUUUACAGUGAUGCUUCUUGCCAGCAGCAACGUUUAUGAAUAUGUUGAAGACAUACAGGUGAUCUCAUCUAUAGUUCUUUGUGGUGUCUCCCUCUUGACAUCAACUGCGAUAAGUGUGGACAGACUUCUUGCAUUGUCGUUGGGUCUGAGGUAUAGAUACGUUGUUACAUUAAGGCGGGUGCGAGCGCUUAUUAUCUCCUUUUGGUUUCUAAUUGGUGCUUCGGUUGGGUGUCUCUUCAUUUUAGAAAUUUACUUUUUUGUAUAUGCUGUUGUGAUGCUUAUUUCUCUUCUUAUCUCGGCCAUCUCUUACGCUAAGAUCUAUUUCCGUCUCCGUCAUCUACUGCUUCAUGUACACGGCCAUGUUCACCAACGACAACAUCUUCCUCCCAAUGGCGUUGUACCGUCUGCAUUGAAUUUAGCGCGAUACAAGAAAACGGUUUCCAUCAUAGCAUGGGUACAGCUUGGAUUAUUUGCUUGUUACUCUCCUAUUUGUAUUGCUUUAAUUUCAUUACAUUUUGAAAGGUUUUUGAGCGAGAAUAUAAUUUACUUUUUCCUUUGUUUACUAUUCUUAAACUCAUCUCUGAACCCUAUUCUUUACUGUUGGAAAAUCAGGGAGGUAAAACAGGCAGUAAAGGACACAGUUCGACAGUUAAACUGUUGUUGUGAGCUAAAUUGA